AUGGCAAGGACACGUGCACCCAUCGAGGCGCGCCUGAGCGGAGUUGUGCAAGUCAGGGCGCCGACCAGGCUGUCAGGUGCGCAGGCCGUCAGGAUGCGAAUGAGUGAGCAGCGCUGCGAGCUGGAGCUGUCGCACAAAAGGUCCGUGGACGCCCUGGAGAAAGGGUGGAAAGACAAAUGGGAGGCGUGCGAGCAGGAUUUCCGGAGAGAGAUCCAGCAGUUGAGGGACGAGAAGGCUGCCUUGGAAAACCGCCUCGUGGCUGGCGCCAGCGAGCUGGAGCGCCUGAACGAAGAGCUGGACCGCUUCAAGGACAUGGCAGAGGGAAGCCUUCAGAAGGAGCACCAGCAACUCGUCGAUGCCGAGGAGGAAAGGGACUCAGCCCGAGAGCUCCUAUCCAGCAUGAAUCAGGAAAUUCAGGAAGUCCUGGCUGCGCUGCAGGAAGGAGAUGAACACAUCAAGGUUGGCCGCGACAUGUGGCUGAAACCCAAAAUUAUCGGAAUGUUUGUGUUUUCUAUAUACGGAAGGGCAAGGAGCGCAACAGAGUGA